CAGUGCCAGCUGUUUUCUGGCAAAUUUUCGCGUUUAAAAAAAAAGCAACAAUUCGGCUGAGUGAAGUGGUGAAAAUAGUGAAAUGGCGAACUUGUGGCCCGGGUAUAUUUAGAUUAAGGGGCCGUUCUAAAACUAGGUCACACGUGGAAAAUAUAAAUAGUGUACGAUGUGGGAAGGUGGAGGUGCAGGUUGGCCCCUAGACUCAACUGUGCGAGCUGCAUGCCUCUAUAAAAAUUAUUAUACUAACUUUGCACAUAUUUGAACUCACCGCAUUGCCGAGUCCUGCACUAUAAUCCCAUGACACACUUAACACAUGGCCCGUUUGGAGAUUCCAAGCAUUGUGGUGCAUAAAGGCAGCAGGUCGCUGAGUCGACCGGAGAGUCCGACGGUGGUGGUGUGCGGAGGAGGAAUGCCAUCGUUGCCAUCCUCGAAGCAGAGCCUCGUCGUCGGUACCUCCGCGUCCUUUUCGAGUACCGACUCGGAUAUGAUAGACGGGAAUGCAAACCCUUCGAAUGAAUCCUCCACGAAUCCUCAACAUCGUUUGGCCCCUCCGGACAAACCAGAAUCCGAAAAAAAUUAUCGCAAUCGAGCGAACUCAAAAGUGAAACUAUUAGUCAGAAGCCAUGCGAUGAGAGAGUCAACUUCACCACCGCGAGAGCCUCACAACGGCUCCUCGCCGAACAGCUUGACCCCCAAUUCCAAUUCCAGUCCCAAUUCCAAGCAACUCAACAACAACGAGCCCAUGUUUAAUAGCAACCUCGGCCCCACUCAGAAUCCAAAACAAAUGCGAAAUUCAGCGACGUCUCCCACAUGUCGCACUCCAUCUCGAAAUGGUCCUUCUAGUCCGUCUCAAGCUCACUCAGCGAAAAAUGGUUUAUCGCCAACGAACGGGAAAGAAAAUCAGAGUCAUCGGACGAAAUCGAACAAUUCAAACAACUCGAACAGCUCCUCAAAGUGCAAUAAUUGCGUAAAGAACAAUCAAAAUGAGAGGCCGGGUUUGCUGCAGACGCCCGUCUCGCCCUCGAAAAUGGGCCAGACGACGCAAUAUUCGCAGAAGGGGGGAAACCAGGUGCAGAACAAUCAGCACAAGUCAGAGCAACGAAGGCCCCACACGCUCAAUGUCUGCAAUAAUCAGUGCUCGGCACAAUGCGGCAAUACACUCUCGGUUAGCAGACCAGGUUCCAGGCACAAACUCAGGCAUCAGAAUUCAUCCUCACAGGGAAGCUACGAGAGCGCUUCGCCUUCACUUUCUCGAGAUAGCAGUACGGAAUUGUAUACGGACAGUACGGGUAUUGAUUUGGAGCAAUUCAUCGCCGAGACGAUAAAUCGGAAUCAGAAGGACCGGACAGUAUUGUUGAAAAUCGAAAAGGAUCUCAUCGAGUUUACAAAAGACAGACAAAAGGUUUGUCACAAAUUUCCAAACAUGUCGUCCUACAAUCGGAUGUUAGUUCACCGAGUAGCCGCCUUUUUCGGAAUGGAGCACAAUGUGGACCAAUCAGGUUUAAGUGUAAUUGUAACUCGAACGAAAAACAUGCGAAUUCCCGACACUCGUUUCAAGCAACACAUUAGGGAUGAUUUGAUUUUAACCGAGGAGCCAAGGAGAAGUAUUUUGAAGAGGGACUCGAGUUCGUUCGAGGACAGUUUCAACUUCAAGUCGCCGGAUCGACUUUCGGGAGAAUAUUGCCGGAGAAGCAAGAGUUUCGAGGAGAGAGAGGAGGAAUAUGAGAGAGCGAGGCGGAGGAUUUUCAAGGAAAGUAGUGGAGAGAGUGGUGAAGUCGCCUCCUGGCCAUAUUGGUCUUCUUCGGAAAGUUCGGACGCGUCUGCUCGAUAUCGUCUGCUUCAUCCCUCGGAUCACACGAUGAGACAAGCGAGGCUCGCAAAAGGCGAAUCUUGCGAUGGUCGAGAAACUUUUCGAGGAGGAGUUCCACGACCCUCAGUGUCAAAGUCCUUCAGCUUUGGCGGUUACACUCGUGGAAUGCUCUCGAGAGGCGACAGUGUUAUGUCCACUCACAGUGCCGGUGCUCGACUAACUAAACAAGAUUCUGGUGCCAGUGUGUCCUCGCGUCUGAGUCCAUCGAGUAGUGGCUACAAGUCUCAGAGUCAGCGAAGUGACGCAACAAUUUCACCCUCGCCCUCGCCUUCACCAAUUCCUCCCUUAGGUUGUGGCCACACUCAAAUAUCUAGUCAGGAUUCCGUUUCGCCAGAGCCAAAUAGUCAAACCGUCGUUUGGGCCGUUUCAAGUAUAUCGAGCGUUCCACCCGGAAGUGUAAUAAUUGAUCCUCAGACGAAUGAACCUUUCACCAAUCCGGACGGCACAAUUUACCGCUUUGAUCCAAAAAAUCCGCCAAAAUUCUUUCCCGAGGAGAGCGAGCCGCUUGCGAAAAAUCAGGAAGUUGGGGAGACGCGAAACUCGGCCAAGGAGAAGAGACGAUCUCAGAAGAAUGGCGGGAAUUCUGCGACGAAUCAGACACAGGUGACGAAUUCGGCAACGUCUCCGAGUUUGCCAGUGGCGUCGCCACCGCCGCCUCCGCCGCCACCCUUGCCGCCGCAGCAGAGUGCAGCUCCACAAACUCUAGUCAAAACUACUACGGUGCAGGCGUGUGGGCAUAACCAAGUGGUCCAGCCGUACACGACUUUUUUGCCUACCUCAGAGCCGUACAGCCAGAGCGUCUAUCAAGCCUCGACGGCGCAGCAGACUGUGAUGAUGGCGCCACAUCCGACUCAGGCUCCACCUACGCUACAAAAUAGUGGACAAGGCGAUGUUAUUUUCAAUCAGAAUCAUCCACUCUAUGCCAAUUACGCCGUACCUGUUCAGCAAGGACACGUUCCCCAACCUGACGCGUCCGAUUUAUCCAGUUACUUUAUGGGGAUGAAUAUCUACGACCAGAGAGGUGGAGGCGAUAGUCAACCAACGCCUCCUCAUCCACAUUCUUAUCCUCCACCUCCGCCUUCUUCGAACCAAACUCUGCAGAACGUCCAGUCUGUUCCACCCAAUUUCUGGCAGUCGCCUAAUCCACUUCCGCCACAACCGAUGUAUUUUGUGCCACCUCCGGGGACGAUUUCGGUGAAUCAGAAUUCGGGAGAGAGACAGCAGCCGCGAUUUGGGACGAGUUACUCUUUUAAUUUGCAGACGAUGACCCCUCCAAGCCAAUCGACUUCGAAUUUCGUUAGCAAUUAUUCGGUACCUUACAAUUCGAUGCCGGCUGUUAAUCCGGCUCAAGCCGAGUUUUCGUGCCAACCUCCGAUGCACAUGGUUCCUGCUUAUUAUCCGCAACAUCAACCUGGGAUGCAACAACCAAUUAUGUACCGAGUUCCCACACCGCCGAAUACUCCGACAUCUACACAGAUGCCGGGUGUGCCAUUAAUGUAUGUGAAUUCUGGAAGUUACGCGCCCCAUGGAACUAUGGUUUCGGCAGGAACAUUUGGGCAUCAGGUCGGUCCCAGUGGUGCCUCUCCUGCACCUCCUGGGGCUUACAUGACCCCAACCCUGGUUCCCAAUCUCGUUUUUAGGCAAAAUGUACCCCUCGUCACUGGCGUACGAGCUUCGACGCCGGGAAGUUCCCAAAGAGCAAGCAGAUCGCCAACGCCCGCACACGAGUUGUUCGGGGGCGGAGGCGGAGACAGAAGCGCACAACCUCAGCCACGUUACCCACUGCCAGUUUAUCAGGGUAUUCAUAUCGUGCAAGGUGAACCUAAUAUUCCGCGAAGUGAUAUGAGGCUAAUGCACCCUGGAAUGCCAGGCAACCCUCGGCUGCAAUACGCACCAAUUUCCUCACCACCUGUUGUUCAAGGCUGUCCGCGUCCUUACCGACCACCUUCUUAUUCCUCGAAUGUUUCUGGUGCUGGAACACCAAACUCGUUCGAUGGCAGGAAUCAAAAGAUUCGUAAACAGAGGUCCAAAAUCGCCAGUCUGCCACCGACAGGUGUGCGGCCCAAUCUCUAUCAAAAUCCUUCAAUGUCGUCACUCUCUUGCAACGCACCCAAAGAUAUCAGAGAAGGAACUGUGAAGGUGACAAUCACCCGUCGAAAUCCAUUGAUACAAUAUUAGGUAAAGCCAGAUCUGCAGGUACAAAGAGCGAGAGAAAAAAAGAGAACUACCAAAAUAAGCUUAAUAAAUUAUACGCGGCGAAUCGAAAGCAUGAAGCGACAACGAGAAGAGACGCGAGAAAUGAGUAAAUAGAG